CUUUACAUUUCUCAAGCUUGAGUUACCCCGGAAAAAAUUCGGAAUAAAAAUGGGGAAGCUUACGCUUGUAGCAGGUUUGGGCUUGGUGCUCUGCCAUGUUGCUUUCUCCAUGGAAAUGGGCUGCUACUUCACCAACUGGUCCCAGUACAGACCUGGAAUUGGAAAGUACACACCUGCAAAUGUCGACCCUUUCCUUUGUACACACCUUUUCUAUGCAUUCGCAAUGAUCAACCAUGCCAACGAGCUUAUCACAUAUGAGUGGAACGAUGAGACUCUUUACAAGGCUUUCAAUGAACUCAAAAACAGAAAUCCCCAUCUUGUAACUCUCUUGGCUGUUGGUGGAUGGAACUUUGGUUCAUCACAGUUCUCCAUCAUGGUGUCCACUGCAGAAAACCGUCAAAAGUUCAUUCAGUCUUCCAUCAAAUUCCUGAGAACUUAUGGAUUUGAUGGUAUGGACUUGGACUGGGAAUAUCCUGGAUCAAGAGGAAGUCCCCCUGAAGACAAACAAAGAUUCACAUUGCUGUGCAAGGAACUUAUUGAGGCCUAUGAGGCAGAGGGCAUAGCUACUGGCAAACGCAGACUGGUGCUGUCUGCUGCUGUAGCAGCUGGUAAAGGCACAAUUGAUGCUGGAUAUGAGAUUGCUGAGGUUGCCAAGUACCUGGACUUCAUCAAUAUUAUGACUUAUGACUUCCAUGGAACUUGGGAAAGAUUCACAGGACACAACAGCCCCCUGUACCAAGGCUCAAAGGAUGACGGAGAACUGAUUUACUUCAAUACCGAUUUCGCUAUGCGCUACUGGAGGGACAACGGUACCCCUGUGGAGAAACUCAGAAUGGGUUUCGCAACAUAUGGUCGCACAUUCCGUCUGACAUCUACAGAUACUGAAGUUGGAGCCCCAGCUAGUGGACCGGCUGCAGCUGGAACCUACACUCGUGAGGCUGGAUUCUGGUCUUACUAUGAGAUCUGUGGCUUCCUAGAAGGAACAACAAUCCAGUGGAUUGAUGAUCAGAAGGUGCCCUAUGCCACAAAGAACAGCGAGUGGGUUGGAUUUGACACCAAGGAGAGCUUUGAAACUAAGGUCCGUUAUUUGAAAGACAUGAAAUUUGGUGGAGCUUUCGUGUGGGCGCUUGAUCUGGAUGACUUUGCUGGACAGUUCUGUAAUCAGGGGAAUCAUCCUCUCAUGGGCCAUCUGCGCAAUCUUCUGGAUAUCGAAUUGCCUCCUCUGCCUCCAACCACCACCCUCAAACCUGGACAAACAACCACAAAAACCACCACAACUACCACCACCACCACUCACGCUCCAGGACCAGGAUUCUGUAACGGAAAGCCAGAUGGACUCUAUCCUCACCCUGAAGACCCCAACAAAUAUUAUAACUGUGCAGCAGGCAAUACUUACAUGGAUAAUUGUGGCCCAGGCACCGUGUUUGAUAAUAGCUGUAAAUGCUGUGGCUGGCCUUAAAACUAAGGGAUCAUUAAUGUGAAAAAACAUUUACGAACAGUGAAACAGGACACUGCAAAUAUGCUUAAGCACACAAAUGAAUCCAAACUAUUUCAUAUAAAGGAAAUUUGUGUAGACUGAACAUAAUUCCUUGUACUGUAUCUUUCCAUUUGAGUGUAUUUUAUUAGUGUAUAAUGCUUGUUUUUGUUGCCUCUUUUUUAAUACCUCAAUCUGUAAAUCUGUGUGAGUAACAGUGCACUUUAAAGAAAAAAAUUAAACCUCAUAUGAAUAAACAACAUGCAACCAGCAAAA